GAGCAGCAGUGUGUUAAUGUGGCAACCGAGGUAGACAGGGAGGGGUAGAUAGACUGACCAGACCUGGGAUUUUUGUAUUUUUCCUUAAUUUUUCUUUUCCUACUGAGCCAAGGGUUCACAGUUUAUGUGACGCCUCGGUUGUUAACUUGUUCGUAGACGUGAAACCCCGACCGCUACUGCCUUUCUCUGGGACUUAUCGUUACCGUGAAACAGCCCAGAAGAAAGAAGGGAGAAACAACAUGGGGCGAUAAUAAAAAAAGGUGUUGUGUUAUGAACCGACGAUGACUCUCUGGGAAGAUCCGUGAAGCAUAUUUAUUUUUAUUUAUUCCCCCCUUCCUCCCUUUCCCUUGUGUCCAUCUUUUGUUGUUUUAUUUUUGAAUUUUCUGCCCCCCUUGCUACUUCGGGAGGUUGUUUUUAAAAGGAAAAGGAUACGUUACAAGAGGACUGAAGGAUGGACCAAGCCGGCAUCCUGAGAAAGUUUAUCCAGAGGGUGAAGGCCAUGAGCGAGGGGGACGAGGAGAGGGGAGAGGACAACUUCGGCAGCGACUUUAUGAGGUUACGGCGGUUAUCGACUAAAUACCGCACAGAGAAGAUCUACCCCACCAACGUAGGAGAGAAGGAGGAGAAUGUCAAGAAGAACAGAUAUAAAGAUAUACUGCCAUUUGACCACACCAGGGUGAAGCUGACUUUAAAAACAACCAAUAAUGACUCGGAUUACGUCAAUGCUAACUUCAUCAAGGGUAUGGAUGGCCCGGAGGCGUAUAUUGCAACUCAGGGCCCCCUGCAGAACACUGUCAUCGACUUCUGGAGGAUGAACUGGGAGUAUAAUGUAGCUGUUAUUGUGAUGGCUUGUCGAGAGUUUGAAAUGGGAAGGAAAAAGUGUGAGCGGUAUUUCCCGCUGCUUGGGGAGGAGCCAAUGAGUUUUGGCCCCUUCAGAAUCUCCUGUGAGUCAGAGCAGGCCAGAACAGACUACUUUAUCAGGACUUUGACCGUGGAGAAUGAGAAUGAAAACCGGAGGCUAACACAGUUCCAUUAUAUGAACUGGCCGGAUCACGACGUCCCCUCAUCGUUUGACUCCAUACUGGAUAUGAUCGCACUGAUGAGGGAAUACCAAGAGAACGAUGAUGUUCCUAUAUGUGUGCACUGCAGUGCAGGCUGUGGGAGGACGGGUGCUAUCUGUGCUAUCGACUACACAUGGAACCUCCUGAAAGCUGGGAAAAUACCAGAAGAUUUUAAUGUUUUUCGGUUGAUCCAAGAGAUGAGGACGCAACGACACUCUGCUGUUCAGACCAAGGAGCAGUACGAGUUGGUUCACAGAGCGAUUGCCCAGCUCUUUGAAAAACAACUGCAGCUACUGGAGAGCCCCGCCAACACGCAGAUACACGAUGGCAUGGAGGAAAACAGUCCAGAUAAAACAAGCCAGCAGUCAGAUGAUGAGAGAUGGGACACCCCGCCUCCAAAACCUCCACGCAUACGCAGUGCCCAGGCAGAAGGGGAUGUGAAGGAGGAGAUACUGCAGCCGCCUGAGCCUCACCCCGUCCCCCCCAUCCUGACUCCGUCUCCCCCGUCAGCCUUCCCCACCGUCACAAAUGUACGGCAGGACAACGACCGCUACCACCCCAAACCUGUCAUCCACGUCCUGGCUACACAGAAUAAAGACGCCGACCAGCAGCAGAACAAAUCUGAACCCAGUCUAAACAAGCAGAGCAGUCCCUCAGAGCAGAAAGACCAAAAUCUACAAAGUGGAAAACAGCCGACUCAGGUCUCAAAUCUAGAUCUCAACGACAACUAUAACAACAAAUCAACAUCCAGUAAAUCGGACUCGGGCCAGAGCCAGACGCAGACCCCCUCCUCGCCGCUCUCCCCGGCUGUUUUAGAAUGUUCUGGCGUUCCUCGGAUCGAGAGGAAGCUGAGCAUUGAGAUUAAAAAGGUGCCGUUACAGGAAGGACCUCGUAGUUUUGACACUUCCUCCUCCAUGGGGGUAGCAGGCGGAGCGGGCAGCGGCUCAGCCAAUAACGCAGGAGCGCUGCAGAGAAGCCACGCCUUCAAAGCCCGCUCUGGCCAAUCCCUGCUCACGUCUAGCUCUUCGCUGUCGGAGGACUCGGGCACAGAGGGAGGAGCGGGUGGGUGUGGGGAGGGUCCUGCAGAGGGGGGGGUCCUCACCAGACCAAACCACCUCCCUGUGAAGAGUGAGAAGGGGGAGACACUCGGGGGGGAGAAACUGGACGUGAAGGGUGGCCAUACAGCGUGGAGUCAGGCCUGCAACAGUCCUGACAAACACUUCCCCAAAACCUCCUCCUCCUCUUCCUCCUCAGACCGUGCCGCUCCCUCCUCCUCCUCUUCCUCCUCCUCCUCCACUCCUGUUAGGACUGCCCUGUGCUUCACCAACCCCCUGCACUCGGAUAACUCGGACGAGGAGGGGGACAGCGAGAUGUCCGGAGGAAACGAGGGUUACCGUACUAAUGUAUCCAUGGCAACAGCCGUGGUAACAGCAUCCCCUCACCAUGGAGACCAGCUGCCGGUCCGGAAGGUGUCGUCCAUGUCCAUCGCAGGGCAGGGGUCUCCGUCAGCCACAGCAAACUGCUGGGACAGCGACGACUCCCCUCCCCCUCUCCCUGCGAGAACCCCUGAGUCCUUCCUGCUGGCCACAGACCCUCUGGAAGUGAAGUCGUCAGCCUCGGCAGAGUGGAGCGGUUCAAAUAAAGAUGUGUCAGAGUGUGUUAAGAAGACGUCUCUAGCUGACCCCACGUCUACUGGCACCACGGCAACAGACAGCAAGGCAGAGCUGGGUGGGGUUCGGUAACCGCUGCAUUCAGCCCAAAGGCCCUCGGGAACCCCCCCUGGAGUGGACAUAAUGGAACGACCCAUCCCCCCGUCCACGUACAGUGUCCUCCCCCGUCAGGAGAUGGACUCUACCGAUCUCACCUGGCUGGUCCAAAACCCUAGUUAAUAGAUGCUACAGACAGACGGCACACUUUACAUAGAAACACCUUCUGUGUGUCUCUGUGCGCCUCCUCAUCUUCUUCUUCUUCUUCUUCCUCUUCCUCUUCCUCUUCCUCCUCCUCCUCCUCCUCCUCCUCCUCCUCCUCCUCCUCCUCCUCCUCCUCCUCCUCCUCCUCCUCCUCCUCCUCCUCCUCCUCCUCCUCCUCCUCAGUCCUUCCUCAAAGUGCCACUGUGCAAAGCAGAAGAACACUCACUGGUCAAGUGUCCACGUUUUCCUGCUCAGCUUGCUGAUGUUAGAAGUGUUCCCCGCUCUAGAUGCUGACUUGAGAUCUGUCUUGUUAUUCUCCUGUUCAUGGUUAAAGAACAACUCCUGUUUUCCCCUGUUUUUGGUGAAUUGAGAAUAGAUUUUUUAAAGCGUCUUGUUGUGUCCCUCGCUUCGAUUGCAUCAUAAGAAAUGUGCGGGGCUAAAUAAAGAGGGAUGUAAGUGUUAUCCUAACAUGUGAAAUGGAACAUUUCUUUCACGCCAAAUGAGGGGAAAAGUAUCUAGUGGGAGCUGACUCUGAGGUUGAACUGAACUCCCUGAAGGGUCUGCUUCCUCCUACUGAAUGAACAACAAUCUUCAAAGCGAACCGAGAUAAUCUGUUACCCAAAAUGCAACCUUUUCUGUUGGGUAUGCACAGGUUGCCGGGGUUCUCUCGCUCUCUCUCCCACUUUCUGUGUGCUGGUGCUACAUUAUAAAAGAUAAUCAGCAUAGAAACAGAGCACCCCCCCCCCCCCAUCAGGGUUUCUGGGUGGGUUUAUUCCUGUGUUAGCUGCAGUAUCUGACCUCCCUUUCCCCCCAGAGUCAUAGGUUGAUGUAGUUUGGUCAUUGCAGUUAUCAGUAACAGCCGAAUUAAAGGAAUUGUUCUUAAUUUUUGGGGAAAAUAAAACCUUUUUACUGAUGCAAAGUUUACACCAUUAUUUGUCUGCAUUUGUACACAGAGGCUGUUAGCUUAGCUUAGCAUAAAGACUAGACACCCGAAAAUGCGUUUUCCCCUUCUAGCCUGGCAAGCUUUUUAUCCAGCGUUUAUGCAAGCUACGCUAACCAGCUGCUAGCUGUAGCUUGAGAUAUGAGAGUGGAAUCAAACUUCUCCUCUAACAGUUGAAGUUUCCAAAUUGCCGAACUGUUCCUUUAAAUCUCUGCUUACUCUGUAUUUGUCAUGUGGCGAUGGAAAACAAAUCUUAACUCUUAAAUACUGACAAUAAAAGUAGUUCUGUAACAAGUGAUCCGUUACAUGUCUACGCUUGAAAUGAGAAAACCAAAGAGUGAUGCCCCCUUCUCAAAUAAUUCACAAUAAAAAAGCAAAGACUAGUUAGUAUGAAAAACACCGACAUGUAUCCUACAAUAUUUAACACUAAAUCCGGCCCAAUAACUCUGCUUUCUCCAGUCACUAAGGAGUCAACGUGACCUGAAAUCGAUCAGUAAUGACCGAACUGCUCAGCUGUGUGACUCUGUCCUCACUGCUGGGACGUGAGCCUGCCUUAGUCUGCCUCUCAGAGACAGUCCUUCCCCCUUUGGCUUCUCUAUAAACUUCAUUUCCUGGGACACAAUUCACUGUUUUUCCCCCUCAGCACUGUCUUGUUUUUCUGCUGUUAAAUUGUUUGAUCUCAUUCUCCUUCUAAUAUUGGGUGGUCAAAGGUUUUAUUUGAUUUUAGCAGCCAUAUUACUUCCAGUAAACCUCAGUGUUUCAGAGUACACAUCACCCGUUGCUCUUAUGGGACUUGACAGAUUCAUGUAAAGUCUGAUUUCCCAUAGCAAACUCUUACAGACUUGAAUGUUUUUUCAAAUAAAAAAAUCGUACCUGCUUCGAUAUGUGUGAGACAAUGAUAGGGACCCAGGACUACUGCUUACUGUUCUCUGCUAACUCCAUUAGCUCCCAUAACUAUACAUGAUAUGCAUUGUUUUAUAAAGGAAACUGUACAGGGCAGUUUAGGUAUAUAAUAUUUCAGAUUUGUUUGUUAUCUCUUAAAUAUUCUUAUUAACAGAAGAUGUAAAAAAGUCAGUGCAUGAUGAUGAU